AUGAACAGGGUGCCGUCUCCUCCCGCUCCUGCAGUAAAGUCCUCUCAGCAGGUGACGGAGGACACGGGCCGCCCGCCGUCGUUAGACUAUGUGCCGUAUGUGCGCACAGACGAGGUGUAUCACAUGGACCCCCUCGCUCCGCUGUCCAGACCCCCGACACAUGAAGCCCAGCAGAGGGUCCACACAGUUGUGAGCAGCAGCAGCAGGCAGGCGCCGCCUCGGGUCCAGCAUCCUCCUAAAAGCACUGAACGGCAGCAGGCCAUCCUGAAAGGUCUGUCCGAGCUGAGACAGGGUCUGCUGCAGAGACAGCGAGAGCUAGAAACCAGUCUGAACCCUGCAGUGCAAACACAACACAGAAACCACUUCUCACCUUUCAGACCGGUGUGAUCCAGAGCUGCUUCCGAAAACAAGACCAGCACUUUAUACUGCGAGAUGUGAACAGUGGAGAUGUUGCUGUCUGACAUAUGAAUCCGUUACACGCUCUUAUUAAGGACUAGGUUUGUAAAGGGGUGGUAAACUUCCGGCAAAUUUCCAAAAAAAUCCUGGAA